UGGGAAGAGCAUCAGGUGUCUAUCAGAUACCAGACGACUAGGCUGGUAGCUUUAUAAAGCAGAGCACAUUUUCUAAGUGCUGUACACUCACAGCUGCAUAACAUCUAUUGCAUUAGUCCAGGAUAUGCUUUUGCAAUCAAGACUUUAGAGCGUUUUUUUUUUUUGGUGGAAGCAUAACUGAAUCUUAAUAAAAAAUGGAUACAUUGGAAACAGUUGUGAAGUUCCUGAAGAACUGGAAGACAGCAAUAGGUUACAUUGUUAUGGCAGUGGUGGCAUUUGCUGGGCAAAUCCUGUUUUCCAUCUGUGCAUUCCAGUGUCCAUGCAGUAGCCAGAAUUUUAUAUAUGGACUUACUUUUCUUUCAGCUCCGGCUCUCAUGCUAUUCAUCCUGGGUUUUAUUCUAAGUAGAGGAACCUGGAGGCUUUUCACAGGUAGUCGUCUCAGCCCCAAGAAGCAAUACUGUCGAUAUCAAACCACUCAGAGCAUUUUUGAUUUGACUAAAAUCAUUGCAAGGGCUCUGGUAGGCCCACUGAUGUGGGUCUGUGUAUCUCUGCUGAAUGGACCCUAUUAUGAAUGUGCUCUGACUGGUUGGGAGAAUGACAGUUUCAGAUCGUAUCUCUGCCAGAACAAAGCCCCGUCAUGUAAGGCAGAGAUCCUCAGAGUACCAUGUGGGAAAGCAAACAUAAACGCAUCUGAUAAUGAGGAUGUACUCCUAAUACUUAGGGCACAAUCUCAGGAAAUCGGCUGGGGUCUUAUGGCGUUCACAGCCAUCGCUUUACUGCUCAUCCUCUGCUGCUCUGCCUGCCGCUCUCACCUCAGAUACCAGCAGGAGGUGUUUUGGGAAAAGUACAAAGAGAAAGAGAUGGAAUACUUCCAGCAGUUCUCUGAAGACUAUGCUGCAAAACUGGCUGAACACAAUCUGAGGAGUUUCUUUGAGAAUAAAAAAACAGACUCUGUAUCGCUGCCAAGUGACAAAGCAUGGGACGAGAUUUCAGCCUUGCACUGCUUUAACAUGGCAAACCAGUACUACAGCUCAUUACAUCAGUAUGUUGAUGGCGAAAAGAAGGAAAACAACGAGGACAUCCCAUCAGCCUUAGCUUAAGAAGCAUGUUGUUUACGUUCUUUACUCUGUUAUCUAUGCAUCACAUGGCCUGCUCAUUUCAUAGUAACGUUUACAUUAUCAGAGCUACUUUCACCGUUGAUAGUAACUGCAUUAGCAUUCUCCUAAAAGCUUUUAUUUCAAAUUCACCAUUAGAUUCUGCAUACAUUUUUAUCCAACCACUCGGUAAAACCACAUGCUGUUCAUAUAUAUAUAUAUAUAUAUAUAUAUAUAUAUUUAUGCACAAAAGCAGUCCAAGAACUCUUUGUUUUCUUGCUGACUUUAGACCAGACUUGACACAUUUAUUUCUGUUUCUUAUGUAAGGUGAAAGGGGUGGAUGGCAUGAUUCCAAGUAAUCUUUGCAGUCAAAAAAAUAUUUUACAGUAUAGUUUAUUUUACAGGGAUGUGGUAGAUACUAGUGUGACUGGUGUGUAAGGUCACUAAGUCACUCAGCAGAUGUAAUUAUUUUUAAGCAGCCAUGCAGGAAACAUGUUUUACUUCCACUGUCUAGUACUCGGUACUCAGACCUUUGAAAAUUAGUGUCCCAGGAAAAAAAGAUCAAAACAGCAGUCAUUUUAGAAGGCAGAUAUAUGUUUUCAGACAGCAAAAUAAGAAUACAAAACACAACCACUAUAUAGCACGUUGUGCUACUGUGAGUGACAGGAAUGCCAUUAACAGGGCUGCUGAUGUGAUCAUACAGGGCUGUAAUUACUAUAUAUCAUUCCAUCAUACAUCUCUCCUAUCUGAAGGGCUCACCCAGGAACAUGUGGUUGAGGUGUUCAGGCAGACUCCUUCUGUGUGCAAACCACUGUGUGUAUUGAACAGGUUUACUGCUUUGACUGUAGUUGACAAAACUAAGCAGAAGCUCUUUGUCUGCUCCAGUGACCAUUUAUGGUGGUUCUGAAACACACAUUGAGCCCUAACUGAGCAGGCGUAUCACAUAGUUCAAGUCAAUAAAACCACUCCAAGAUGAAAGUGGAGUUAGCUUUUAGUUUGAAUUCAUAUUCUAAAAGCAGCUAAGAGACUAAUGUAAUAUGAAUACCCAUGUUCACACUAUGCUCAGUAUGUGCACAGGUGUUGUAUUGCUCUAUUCUGCGUAUCAUUCCAUCAUCACACCUUGUUUUAUUUCUAAUGCAUGUGUCCAUGUACACAUCGUUCAACUAUUUUUGUGCUGUUCCUGUUUCUGCAUUUUCCACCCCUGUACUCUGCUCUUUCUGCUAUUUGCACUCAUGCACAAACAGUCUCUCCCUUUAUGUAUUCUACAUUAAUUCCAUGCAGUAACUGAUGUUAUCUCCACUCAUUGACUAGUAUGAAAUGGCUCAGUGCAGUCUUGUUGAAAAGCAACAGGCAGCCACUAUGAAAAUGUAGAAAACUCAGCAGUAUUAUACUGCAGAAAUGUAAUGUAUAAUCAAAGCCAUGAAGAUCAGACGUGCUGCAGACCUGGAGCAAUCAGCAGUACGCCACGUGAAUAUACCCAUUUACCUUCUAUGCAUUUUCAAAAAUUCUUAGGAAAAAACGCAGAAAAGAAACAGGAGAUUUAAUAGUGUUGUCAGAUUUUUAGGUGUGCUGGUAGUUUCAUUGUCUGACUGGUUAAGUGCAGAGUUUGCAGUUUAAAAAAUAUUGUAAUUGGCAAUAGUUUUCUAGUGCUGACAAACAUAGUAAUAAGCAAAAUAUCAUUAAAAUGUUUUUGUCACUCA